GAAGAAGUACAUCCACAGCAUUUUUCCUUCAGAAUACGUAAGAACACUACAUCAUACUGAAAAGUUUCGGAGCGCCUUCCCAAGAGCGCGACAGUCAAAUCUUAAGGCGCGCGUUAACAGAGUGCAUUGUAGAUCUUCACUUCACUGUAUCUCCACUUCGCUGUUGAAAGGACAGCUCGGAAUACUGCUUGUCCUCGACGUGCUAUGUCUUCCACCGGCCGGGGAGAAAUUUUGGUCGGAGGUGGGGAAGGACAGGUUGUAGGACAAGGGGACUGAGGUCUGCAUUGACUGGAGACAAGAGCGCGCAAUGGAGAUGACUGCUCGCAUCUCGCACUUUAACUCCAAGGUCGGUGGCAGAGACUGUGAUGGACUUGUCAACCAUAACGGGGAAACGACGGAGAUAACAGUGUCGCUAUCGAGGAAAAGACUUAGCCCGAGAGAGAAGGGAAAUCUUUACAGACUGCGUCAAAGAAAGUUCCUUUUGGAGGACAAGAAGCGUCUCUGCACGUGGGCACUUGGAACCGCGAUAUUGGGGAUUCUGCUGAUGGUAUUACACGCUGAGCUGUGCCCAGUAGUGUACCAACCAGGAUCCAUAUAUGCCCUCUCCAUAAAUGGCCUCAUCAGUUUCUCCACUGGGUGUCUACUCCUCUUCAUCAUCGCCUUCCAUUUUAAAGACAUUAGACUUUUCAUCAUUGACCACAACCAGGUGGACUGGCGCAUUGCCAUGACCAGUAACCGGGUGCUUGGCAUCUCCCUGGAGCUCAUUGUGUGUGCUAUCCAUCCUGUGGCCACCUACCUGAGGCCAGACAUGGGGAACAGGCUGGGGGUGAAAUCAGAGGGAAAUUCCUCUGCUCCCCUCUGCUUGUCCUCCAGUCACAAAGAAUUCAUGCUUGAUGUUGAGUUGCUGCUGUCGGCCCUGAUGUUCCUGAGGCUGUAUCUGGUGCACAGAGCUGUACUGUUACACAGCAAAGUGCUCCUCAGUGCUUCUUAUAGAAGCAUUGGCUCCCUCAACAAUAUCAAUUUCACCUUCCGCUUCGUGCUCAAGGUGUUAAUGAACAAUUAUCCUGCCCGCACCCUGCUGGUCUUAAUCAUGUUCUUCUGGCUUUCAGCAGCUUGGAUGCUGCGACUGUGCGAAAGGCAGGAACAGGUCGAGACAGGCGGUAUGGGGACAGCACUGUGGCUCAUAGCCAUCACCUUCCUUACAGUUGGUUAUGGAGAUGUGUCCCCUUGUACAAGCUGUGGAAAGGUGGUGUGUCUCUUCACAGGCGUUAUGGGUGUGGCAUGCACUGCUAUGUUGGUAGCAGUCAUGACUAAGAAGUUGGCUCUUAACAAAGGGGAGAAACAUGUGCACUUCUUCAUGAUGGACAUCCAGAUAUCCAAGCGGAUCCGGCAUGCAGCAGCCAAUGUGCUAAGAGAAUGCUGGCUGCUACAUCGCACCACCCAAGCAAAGGACAACAGAGGUCAACAUCGGCAUCAUCAGAGAUGCCUGCUGGAGGCCAUCCGUGUAUUUCGACACCUGCGGCUGAAGCAGAGAAAGAUAAGGGACUAUGCCAGUGAGAUGGUGGACCUCUCAAAAAUGCAGAUGAUCAUGUGUGAUCUAAGUGCAACCUGGAACAGCUCUUAUCAUGAGCUUGAGCAGAGAAUCAUCUCCAUGGAGCAGAAGCUUGACGACCUGAGCCACUCCUUCCAGAGAACCUCUGAGUUACUUACCCAGGCACUACAUCAUCGCUGACAUUUGGCCCCUAUCCUAGAAAAUUUGGUUACAUGUUUGGUUUAUCCAAAACUUUUGGUUUAUGGGGUGACUCUAAAUAACUCUGUUUCUCUGAACAGGUGACCUGUGACAACUCUUUGAAACCCAUAAUGAAGGCUACUUUAUUAUCCAUCCUCUGCGUGCUCUCCAAUUAAAAUUGCACAGGCACCUGGUGCUCUGACCUAAUGGAGGAUUUUUAUAUUGAACUUUCUUUUUUUUUACAGCAACAACCACAGAAUACUCAUUUGUUUGUGACAAAAUUAAUUACAAAAGUUCUGGAACAAGGACAAUUCAUGUGUAUUUACGAUGGUGAUGUUUGUAUAGCAAAUGUUUCCUCAAUGUACAUGGGAAACUUGGGCUUGACCUCUGGUUGCUUUAAUGUUUGGGGAUUUUUUGUAGCGUUUCAGUUCAUAAUUGAUACAAUUACUGAUACUAUUGUUUUAUGUAUUGAUAAAAUGUUUUGAGCUGUUGGUGUUACAAGGUGUUAAGGGACAAAUGCAGUUUUCUUGUAAACACAGGUUUGUUUUUGAAAAAUGAAAAAAAAAAAAAAAUCUUUUUUUUUUUUUCACAAAGUAAAAGAUAGAUCAUGUUUAUUGAUGUGACAUUGGGUAAGUUACUCCUCUUCAAGCUCAAGAAUGUACCUGGGGUUCAGAUGUUCAUCUCAGACAUUCAAAGUAGAAAUCAUACUGAACAGCCCGAUUAUAAUUUGAUGUGUCCCUACCUUUAUGUCUCUAAUCUAUUUUGAUAUAGUAUGUUCCCUGUUGCAAAAAGACAUGGAACAACAAUUACAUUUUAAUGUGACUAUAACCAGAGAAUGAGACAUUUUUGAAGAUCUCCCUAACUUUGUCAACUUUUUCAAAGGUAAGUUAAAUUAUAGUUAGGAGUCAAGGAUAGGCCAGACUAUUGCUCUUUGUUCCAGAUUGUAUAUUUUUUGAAAGACCCUAAUUCAGGCAGAACAACUUGCACCCAAAGCAAAAUAAUAAUCAUAAUAAAAAUUAUGGGAAUGACUUUAAUUUCAAUCAGCCCUUUAACCUGACAUCUGUUGAAUUAUAGCAUGUGGAGAGCUUAAUCACACCAUGAAAGGGGUUCAUGCAUUAUGGUCUUCAGAAUGUUGGUGAAGCAAAAAAAUCUUUAUAGCCAGACCCUGAAUAUUUAAGUUUGUUAAGAGCUGUCAGUUCUCUAAGAGAAGAGGUUGAUUAUGUUCUGUUGUUUGUAGGUAUCUCCCCCUGGUGGAAAAAAUAUUCAUCACACAUGUUUGGCCAAAAUUCCUAUCGAAAACUAUGCUGUAGUCCUAUAUUAUUUAGAAUAUAUUAUUCAGCAGCUUGGCUUUGGAGUUGAGUUUUCAAAAGAGACUGAAUUCCUAAUGAAUAUAUGAGGACAAUGAGAAUAGACUUGAACGGACUUGCUUUUUCUAACUGAAGCAAAAAACUGAAAUGUCAGCAUUACUGCUGUCUUCAUGCAUUUAAAACUGUUGGCAUGAGGGAAGCUAUCAAUGGAACAUAUUAAUGGCACCUGACUCAUUAUUUGACCAAACAUAAUUUUUAAGACAUUUUCUUUUUCCAAACAAACUAAAAAACAAACACAACUAAGUAUGUUUAUAUUGCUUUUGGACCAAAAAUAAGUUAAUCAGAAAUUUAGUUUUGCACAUUGAACUGUGAAAUCUACACAUAAAUAACUAGACGAAAAAAGCUGAAAAGGGUUUACAGCAUUAUUUUUGCACAUUUGAAUAAAGCCAUCUCAUGUUAAUAACUUCAUGUUUCCUGACUAUAUAAAGCCUCAAAAACACAAGUUGAA